AAGGUGGAGCAUCCCCCCUCCCGCCUCCUGGGCAACGGCUCCUCCCCCGGCAGCCACAUCCGCAGGAGGCGUGCAGGGCCAUCGUGUCGCUCGCCCCGAGCCUGGUCAGCUUGAGCGCCAACAACGCCUCCAUCUUGGAGGGCGCAGGCGUCAAGGAGGUGCUCGAGAACGCCGUCUGGCAGCGCGUGCGCUGGGCGCCGUGGUCGCGCCAAGCAUCGGACGGCUAUGGCGCUGCGGAGCACGAGGAGGGGCUGUGCCUGUGCCUGAUCGCCCUCGGCCUUGUGGUCGGGCGCUCUCGCGGCCGGUGACCGGCACGCUGGGCCGCGGCAUCGACGACGGCAAGCCGAGCGUCGUGAAGGCCGCGGCCGAGGCGUUGGUGGAGCUCGUGCGCUUGGGCGCGGGGCAGGCCUUGAGCUCGCACGUGGCCAAGCUGAGCGGCCUGGUGCAGAGCGCGCUGUCGGCGCACUGGGACACGGAGGUCCAGAGACCACUGCAGCUCGUCGCUGGCUUCUGCAGCGCUGCGGCCACCGAGACCGCCAUGGCCGCUGGCGCCGCGGAGGCGCCGCGGGUGUCGUGGCAGCUCGGUUGCGGGCAGGACGAGGCUGGCCGCGCGGAGGCCCCGGCCUGAGGGGCGCGGGGGCCCCGCGUCCUGGCUUGGCGCGUGUGACCGCAUCGCGGCCGCCUAGCGCUGCGAGGGCCGACAAAGGGGACCCGUCCUCGUCGGCCGUCGGUCGGUCGACGGGCCGGGCACACCUGCGUGCAGGGCGGGCUGGGCGCG